UCUCUUCAAUUGUAUUGUUAUUUGCGCAAAGGAAGAAAAAGAAAAAAGAAAAAAAGCAUUCAUUUUACGUAUUAGAAAAUGGCCGAAGCAACAAUGCAGCAAGCAACAAAGAGAAACAAGCAAGUAGUGUUGAAAGAAUAUGUGAAAGGUAUGCCAACAGAGGAUAAUUUUGAGCUAAGAAAAUCAACAAUUCUUCCAUUCAUUAACCCUGAUGGAACAAAAGCUGUGUUGCUCAAGAAUCUCUACUUGGCUGUUGAUGCUGACUUACGUCGCCAAUUGUCUGGUGAAGAUUACCCUCAAAUUCAGCUGAAGCCUUGCGCUAUCAAACGUGGAUCAGUUAUAUCAGGAUAUGGCGUGGCCAAAGUCUUCAAGUCUACUAAUCCAGAUUAUAACGAAGGCGAUUAUGUUUGGGGAAUUACUGGUUGGGAAGAAUAUACCAUGAUAAAAGAUGAUCCUCAAUUCUUAAGAAAAAUCAAACACUAUCCGGAUGUAAAUAAAUCGUAUUACACUGGACUUUUUGGUAUUGGAGGAUUUGCAGCGUAUGUUGGUAUAUCGAAUGUAGCAGCUCCAAAGCAAGGGGAAGUUGUGUAUAUCUCAGCUGCAGCAGGAGGUGUUGGUCAACUUGCUGGACAAUUUGCCAAACUCAAUAAUUGUUACGUCGUUGGAAGUGCAGGCACUGAUGAGAAGGUUCAUUUAUUAAAGAACAAAUUUGGAUUUGAUGAUGCUUUCAACUACAAAAAAGAAACAGAUCUAGGGGCAGCUUUAACAAGGUAUUGUCCAAAUGGCAUUGACUUAUAUUUUGACAACGUGGGAGGCCCCUUGUUGGAUGAAGUGCUAUUGCACAUGAAUCCUAAUAGUAAGAUUGUUGUUUCUGGAAUGAUAUCUCAGUAUAAUCACCUCGAGAAACCAGAUGGUAUUCAUAACUUAUUUCACCUUGUCACCAAGCGCAUUGUAAUGGAGGGGUUUCAUAUAGAUAAUGACAAUUUGAAUUAUUAUGAUGAAUUUGUCGACAAGGUCUCUGAGAUGUUAUACUGUAAAAAUAUAACCUAUCUGGAAGAUCCAAAAGAUGGAUUAGAAAACGCAGCUGCUGCUCUCAUUGGAAUAUUUUAUGGAGAAAAUAUCGGGAAGCAAGUCAUCGUCGUUGCAGAUGAGGACUAGACAUUUGAAAUUGAAAUGAUGAUCUUUUGAUGUUAUUGCAUGCAUCUCUGACAAUAAUAUCUGUAUCUUUUGUUUGCUUUUUCAAUUUUCCUUUCUCGUUGAGAUCAAAAUUACUGAAAAGAAUUAGUUCGGCUAAGGCGAGUUGUUAUCAGCUUGAAUAAAAUCCAACGCGGCUGAACUGACUAGGUUUGGGUGGAUGCAUUAUUGUGUUUUCAUUUUGCUUCUUUGUAAUUGUUCCGCUGGAAUUAAUAAUAAUGUGUGUUUGAGUUUUUUUUA